CGGUGGCGUGACCGUGAGGAAGUCAUCAAGUAGGUGGUUGACUUACGGGAGUUUAUAAUUGUUGGAAAGAAUCCAGCAGAGGGCUUCGGACAAUGAGUCGAAAAUUUUUAGGCUGCUCUUGCAGCCGAAGGUUAGACGCAUGGCAAAAUAGUAUGCGCCCUUCCAGGAGACCCCGAAGAGGUGCCAAUAGUCGGGGUGGAUGGGGAGGACUUUGAAAGCACUUGUGAUGUCCGCCUUGGACAACCAUCGAGCUCGAUAAUCAUCGAGCUUGGACCUGCGGUCGGGGAAGGCUGAACAAAUUAUGUCUCUAUACAAUGAGAACGCAAAAGCGAACUCGGCGACUGUGAGGUCCUUGGAGCGAGCAGGAAGUGGCUGUUUAAGUUCCAAGGGGCCGAAUGAGGUGAGCAGUUCCCUGGGGAUGUGAGGAUUAAUUGAUGUAGGGUGAAUGAGUUGAGCGAGAUCAAUGUCGCGUGUGCGACGCCGGGAACCCGGAAGAUCGUGGGAAGAUGGACGGGAGAGAGUGCUGUCCUGCAGGGUGUUUGUGUAUAAUUGAAACAGUCUUGCCUUGUUGUCGGUGUGGUGGAAGGGAAUGUUAUUUUGGCUGAGGAAAUGACUCGGACAUGUUUGGGGCCGAGGAGCGGUUGGUAUGCCGGUGGCGAGGAGAGCGCUACGCGCGGUGGCUGCUCCUCUUGGGCGGGCUCUGGGAUCUCGAGCGAGGCUGGAGUGAGUGUCGGGAAUGAGUAGCUUCCUUCGGACGCCGAGUACGGGACCUUCCCCUGGAGCCGCUGGGGAGCGAGGGCUCGACGAUACUGUCGUCGACGGAGGAUGAGGGCCGAGAGGCCGGGAUGAGGGAAACCGAUGAGCGCAGGCGAGGCUGCCGGAAAGAUCGGACGCCGGGGGACUCCGGGACGUCGAACAAGUCCUCGUCCGAUGCGUUGAGGAGCAGUUCGAGGUCCAUGAUAUUUACUCAUCAUGACGAAGUUGAUCUUGUCUCUCACUCUCAUCUGGACACUCUCCAGCACGGGUUCACUAUGAUGAAGCUGAUCCUGUAUCUCACUCUCAUCUGGACACUCUCCAGCACAGCUGAAGCUCUUUGGUGUUGGAUUAGUGCAAGGACUGAGAGUUACCCCAAACUCUGUAAAUCUGCUGAGCUGUGUGCAAUUGUUGCCACACAAGUAAUUAAGAAUGGCGAGGUCAAACAUUUCACAAAUAGGGGGUGUGUGCCGUCCUCCCUUUAUGGUGUAGGAGACCACAACCUUUCACACAAUGUUGGUUUUGGAGCCACAACUAAAUUCAUUCGUGUGUGCAACACAGAUGGCUGCAACUAUCGGAACAUUCCUCACCCUGGUGAUCAGAAGAAAAACAACCUGCAGUGUUUCACCUGUGAUGAUCCAUCUUCUGCUGUGUGUAACAAGACACUUCAGUGUGUGGGAGUGCAGGACCGCUGCAUGAAUGUGACUGUGGGAGAUGACUCAGGCAACACAACUCGUCUCUUUGGCUGUGUCUCUGCAAACCUCUGUAGAAAACCUUCUCAAUUCCUUCAUGAACCAAAAUGUUGUGAAAGCAGCUUCUGUAACUCAGCCUGGUCUGUCAAACUGAAUGUGAUCCCUUUGCUGUUUGGACUCUUUACUCUUAUUGUCUAUUAGAACAAAGAGACACUAACAAAAAAGCAAAAGUAAAUGUCUAGCGUGUGUGAAUAAGCCAAAUACUAUAUACCAAGUACUUAAGUACUUUACAAGUACUUCUAUUAUCUUCUCACUCAUUUACACAGUUAGAUGUCUUUUAAGUUUUGAAUGUUUUAGCUUGGUUUAAUAAUUAUUUUAACCAUAACCGCAGCAUCCCAGUAAAAAAAAAGUUAGCUAUUGAUAAUGCUGUUUGAUUCAUGGACAAUGACAAAUACAUCUAAUUACAAAAUGAUAUUUUCCUUAACAGAGUUAGGUAAAGUAACUCAUAACAGAACAGUGUCUUUUAGCACAAAGUCCAAAGGUUGUGAUAUGUAGCACAACAAUCUAGUGAAGCUCUGGUAACAGGACUGCGUUCCCAAAGUAUCAAUACUACAGAUACUACAUCUCUUUUUUGAAGUAUGAUUCUAACGUCAAUAGGAUUGACACCAGUUUCAGUUUUUCUCUUCUACAUCGAACCCAUUUCAUCAAAGAGUAAAACUGUACAAACAACGUUCUGUUAUCGUGAACACGUGCACUCCUUACUUCUCCACUAAUGUGAGUCGUGUGCACUCAAAUAACGAAUAUAUGCGUCAUGCAGACAUCACUGUGGCGCGCACGCUGACAACUGUCCUGUGUUUUAAUAUGCAUGUAAUCAAGAGUGGAAAGCAAAAAAGUCCAAAAAACAUAUGUAGUAGUAGUUUUUUUUUGCUUUGCUUGCUACAUACAUGCUUCAGUUAGGAAUCAAACCUGGGAGAUUUAUUGACAUUAAGAAAGAUAUAGAAAACUGCCAGCCAUAUACUUUAAACUUUCAAGUAUUUUCCCUUGUUUUAUGCAUGUAACCACAGUGAUUGUGUAUUGUAUUGUGUUGCUUUAUUGUGUGACUGUGCUGCUUUUGCUAUGCAGCCUGUGUAAACAUUGUGUUAAUAAAAUGAUUCUAAAACUGUCAUGACAGGAAGAGACCUGCAUUUAAUCUUAAAAUUAUAAAACAUUGUUUUAAUGAGAAA